AUGGUUUUUUGCCUUCGCCACCGAAAGUAUCCAGCCAAGCGUCCAUCACCACAGGGCAGUAGUGCCCCUCCAAAAAAGCCAUCCGAAGCCGAGAUUAAAACUUGGUACCGAGUCGCGCUCGACAAGAUCGUUGCCGCCCGUCUCGAGCAAGAAUCCAGUACUGCGCAGGGGGAACCAAUCUUCCUGUCUCACUACAUCAGCCAAGGUCAAUUCCGGCACUGGGUCAUGCACACUUAUGGCCAUAAGUACGAAUUACGCCAGCGACGAGAUAGCGACGGCGGAUACUCGCUCUUGGCGAGCUACUCGCCUCGAGUCGGCAGCUACUUUUACAGCAUGAUCGGCUGGACCACGCUGCCCAAGGAACGGAUCGACGAGCAUAGUCGGCAACUCUCAGCCUCGUUUGGGACAUACGGCCUGCUGCGGAAUAACUGCCACGACUUCCUGCAGCGACUGGCCGAUACGAUUGUGACUACGAGGGCGCCGGAUUGGGCGUGGUUCCGAUAUAAUACCGUGAGCAAUUAUCAUUAUAUCCUUGCGUCGCCGCUGGAUUAUUGGACUAUAAGUGCUGGUACGUGGCUCAAACAUCUUGAGCAAUCAAGGCAUUAUCUCGGCGGGCAAGACAGACAGAGGGUGGAUGAACUUAUGGUCGUACUCGAGGAUCUUAUCGAAGAACGCAUGAAACGCUCAUCAAAUCAGUUAUGGAAUAUAUCAAACCCCGGAGGCGCUGACGGCAGUGGGCAUGGUGGGCAUGGUGGGCAUGGUGGGCAUGGUGGGCAUGGUGGGCAUGGUGGGCAUGGCGGGCAUGGGGGAGAUGGCGGGCAUGGUGGUGGGCAUGGGGGAGAUGGCGGCGGUGGUGGAGAUGGCGGCGGUGGUGGCGGAGGAUAA